AUGGCGACGCUUGAAACCCAACCGCGCUAUCUCUACAAAAUUAUUGCCUCUAGUGCGCCCAUUCGCGAGCCCAUCCCCGAGCGCCUGCCGGUCAGCGAGCUCGACCGAGAUUCCGGAUUUGUCCACCUCUCGAUGGCGCACCAGGUGCCCAACACAUUAAAGACAUUUUUUAAAGAUGAGCCGGUCGUGUAUAUCUUGCGCAUCGAGUAUGGGCGAGUUGUACAAGAUAUUCGCUGGGAGUCGCCCGACGCGAAGGUGUGCGGGCCCCGGCCCGGUGAGGGUUUGUUCCCGCACUUAUAUAAUGGACUGAGGUUGGGGAAAGAGGAGGUGGAGAGCAUCGCGAUAUGGCAGAAUGAGGAUGGUUGGGACAAGGCUUUAGACGGGGCGGAACCAUGGCUAUUGUACUAA